CCGACGGAGACCGCUCAAGCCCACCUGGAGUCGUAUCGUCAUGUUCUUGAGGAAUUCACGAAGGAUGUUACGACCGCAGAGGGUGUUGCCAGCAGCCACGAACGACGCCUUGCCGCCCAGAAGCGCAAGCAGGAGAAAAAGGACAAGGAAGAGGCAGAGAAGAUUGCGAAGGCAGGUGGAGGCAAAGUGGCGGAGGGGACGGAAGCUCCUUGGCCCGAAGAUGGCCAAGAGCAGCAGGACCAGUGGCACGAUGAUGAGACCGAGCCCGCGGAUGCGGCUGAGACUUGGAAUGAUGAUUCUA